GCGUGAGCUGUGGUGGUGAGAGGCUGGGUGCACUGGGCUUCGGGCAAGCUCCUGUGAAUUUUAGUUUAGUGAAGGAUGCCAUUGGAUCUAGAGUCUCUUGUAGAGAUUUGACCGCAUCCAGCCAUUGCUUGCGAAAUUAUCCCCCAUCUCAUCUCUGCAGAAAAUUAAAUCAGUGCGAAUCAAAGGCUUGAAGAAAUAAUUGUCGAAGGAGCCGAGGUGAGCGACACGCGGUGUCGGCAGUUGCUGCAAGAUGAUGAUGAUGAUGAUGAUGAGUCGCGGGUGUGCGAUAGUGUUGUUGUGCCUGGUGGGGGUGUGGCCGAGGGCACGAGGGGGAGUGGCGGCAGUGACCAGUGCUGAGGAUCCCGUAGGAUGUGCGCCAGCGCUGGAGUACCUCGUCAAGCACAACGUGGCGGCCCACGAGCACCUCGCCCAGCUGCCCGGCCAAGGCGCGGCCGAGAAUCCAGGGUCGGAGGUGUGCGGUGGAGGCGUGUGCUGUGUGCCGGCGGUGACGGAGGUGGUGAGGGAGGCUGGCCGUGCCUCCCUCAGUCAGGUGGUGAGAGCCACGGCUGACACCCUCCACGCCGCCCUCACCUCUCAUCGUGACACCUUUUACGGUGUGGUGGAGAGCGCCCUGGCCCACAGCGAGCACCGCGCCCUCAACGUGUUCCAGGCCACGUACCCGCGCCUGGCCCCGGCCGCACGCCAGGUGCUGCACGACCUCUACGCCUCCCUCAGGGUCGGCCUCACCGACCCCGACGACCGAGCGCUGGAGAACGCCCUCGGUAACUUCUGGGACGACCUCUUCCCCCCGGUGUACCACAGCGUGCUGCACGCGCGCCUCGCGCCCUUCUCCCGCAGGUACACGGAGUGUCUGCGGGACGCGCAGCGCGUGGUGCAGCCCUGGGGCAUCAUACCCACCCUGGUGGGGGAGCCCUUACUGCGCGGCCUGCACUCUGCGCGGCUCCUCCUUCACUCUCUAGACGUCGGGGCGCAGGUGGUCGACACUGCGCGCAACUUCCCCAUCCCCAGUGAGUGCGCAGACGCAGCUGCGCGCCUGCAGUUCUGCGGGGCGUGUCACGGCGCCCUGGCCCCACCUUGCACGGGCAUGUGCCUCAAUGUGGCCCGCGGCUGCCUCGCCCCCUUGGCCGAAGUGGACGGUGCGUGGGCCGACCUGGCCGGGGCGGUGGGCCGCGUGCAGGAGUCGCUGCAGGCGGUGCGGCUGGCCCACCUGCUGCACCAGUUGCCCGACAAGCUCUCCGAGGCUGUCAUGGUCGCCCUCGAGCGUGGACCUCAGCUACAGAAAAAGGUUCGAAGGGACUGCAGCACGCCCACACACGAGGAGUCUGGACACACCGCCCACCACCUCCCGCCCGCGCCAGUGGAGCCGGCGGCGCCCGCGGGAGAGGAGCGAGGCAGUGGGCGUGUGCUGGAGAGCGCGGGGGCGGCGGUGCGGGCGGUGGAGGCGGCGCGGGAGUGGUGGGCGGGCCUGCCUGAAGCCCACUGCAACAGCCUGGCCACUCAAGACACCCACUGCUGGAACGGCAUCCGAAUCGCCCCGUACACCAAGACGACGGCGGGGGUAGGCGUGAGCGCCCAGAAGUACAACCCAGAAGUUCGCAUUGACCACCCCGACACCUCUGUCUACACCCUCGCCGACAAGCUCAGAGGCGUCCGCAGGCUGGUGUUGACCCAGCUGACGUGGCUGCCGAGGUCCGACGCGCGCCGCCGUCACAACGAAGGUCAGGCCGAUGGGUCGGGCUCGGGGGUGGAGGGCCGGAUGGAGCCCCGCAGCCGCAGUAGCAGUAGCAGCAGCCCCAGCGAUGACGACGAUGAGAACUACAAUACCUACUACGACGAUUAUUACAAUAACGAUGCCGGCUCCGGCUCUGGCGAAGGCGGCUCCGAACCUAAUAUAAUUGCAGAAGAAACAAAUAAAACAUCUUCAGUAACUGCAUCAUCUGCCCAACUUGGAAGUAGUGUGCUGGUGUUGCUGUUUACCUUGGCAACUGCACUAUAUGCUUUCAAUGGCUAAUAUUUGCCACGUAAUUUGCUCCAAGAAUACCUCAGAUGUUUCAAGAAGACACCACUGAUGCUCCAACAAUGCUGGAAUGUGUUCACAAAUACCUGAGUCCACACCACAACACCCCUGGAUCAAGAAUGCAACAUUUGUAUUCCUAGGCUGAGUUUUGAUUAACUGCCUUAUGAAUUCGAAUAUUGUACAAGAUUGAAAAUUUCCUCAGCCUCACAACUUUCAUAAAUUCAUCCUAGUUAAUAUGCAUGUACCCAGCACAAUUUAUUUUUAUCCCUGCAGUUGUACAUACAGCUAAAUACUUUGAUAUAGUUAGGAACGAAAAUUUGUUUAAUGGAUGCCACUUUGAACGAAUGUUGUAACAAAUUACUUUGUCUGGGGUGUACUAGGAAACUGGGUUUUAAAGCUAAAAAUCAUAUCACUCGACUAUAGUAACUUUCCAGACUACUUUUUGGUCCAAGUCUUUAGAUUCAGAUCUUUUGGGUCAGUGUUGCUACUGUGUCAGAAUUAAACAAAAUCUUUCAAACAUUAUUAUAAUGUGAUUUGGAAUGAGUUCUUUAUAUGCAACCUAAUUACAUGAUAAAAAUGUAGCAUUUGUACAUUAUUUACAAAGAACUGACUAUCUUGUUUGCAGGGCAGUAUGCAAAAAAACAUUAUUAAUGUGUUUCAGUUGCUGAUUUUAAAAGGAAAAUUAUGAUUCAAUCUGUAAUCAAAAUUAUUUAUCAAAUUGAUUUUCUAGAUCAAAUUUCCACUUCAUGGAUGAAUACAUGACCAUAGAGGAAUGCAUUAUUUUUAAUCAAGUAGAAAAUAUUGCAUUUUUCAUGUACAUUUUUAGUAUAAAUAUUUUAGCUUUUUAAUUUGCUUGCCAUUUUUAUUGGUUUAUAUUGUUGUGACUAAUUUAUGUCAGGUUGGCUCUCAUGGAGUGAGAGUAACUUGAACAAAUGAGUAUGAAUUGGCAUUAUAAAUUACCAUAUGGUAUUUUUCUUUUUGUCAGAAGCUUUAGGCAGAUAUUACUUGUAUUCAAGGUUUCCAUUUGCAUUUGAGUAGAAUGUAUUACUACUUAAAUCUGAACAUGAGAUUAUUGUACACUGUAAUUUCAUUCUCUAUUUAUUUCGCUCAUCAAAUGCUGUCUUCUUUUACUUAAAGCAGGGCGUCCCAUGCAAAAGAAUCUAUAAGUUAAUUGUUAUUUUACACAUUUAACAUCUUCCUAUAUCUCUCUAAUUUUCUUUCUUUAAUUUUUCCAUGGUGUAAGUUUUGUUUAUAGCCUUAUGCAUAAUAUCACAAAGAUAUAAGAAAUCCGGUAUCAAAAAAUAAAGCCAUCCCAUAUACUAUUGAUGUACUGUACUAAUUUCUGAAGCACCUGGCAUGAAAUAUUUCAUAUUAUAGAAGUAAAUUUUUUUAAUAGGCAAAUUAAAAAAAAUGCAUUAGUACCGUAAUCACACUUAUCCAUUUAAGAAGGCACAGUUUCCUUUACAGCUGAGUCAGCUAACGUUUACAGGCUUGGAUGCUGUACUUCAUACAGUGAAACUGUCAAAUAACUGAGGGGGGGGGGGGCUGCAGUGAAAUAUGGAUCAUUAAGUAAAGUAGUUUUCAGCAGAUCAUAUUUUUCCCAAUUUAUGCCAUUCUUGUGUUUUUUUUUUUUUUUAUCUUUGAGUUGCGGUCAGGCAAGGUGUCAGGAAUAUUAUUCUGAAAAUAGUUAAGAGAUUAUUUUUCCUUUAAUGGGUUCCAUGAUAUUUUGUAUAAAAUCAUGGAUGGAAGGAAGUGUUUUGAUGGGUCUAGUUUGAAAAAUAGUGUAUGCCUAGGUUUCAUUCUGAGAGUCAAGAGUUUCACUCAGUCACAGCUGAAUACUGUAUUGACCCAUACCUCCUUAAAUACUGGAUGGAUUUUAAUAACAAAUAUAUAUAUAUAUAUAUAUACAUACAUACAUACAUAUACAGUACAUGUAAAAUUAACUCGAUGAAAUGUAACAUAUUACUUUAUGUAAUUUACACAAUAUUCUAACAUUCUCUUUAUUACAUUCUCUUCAUUACUCUCACUGACUAAAGUUAUAAUUAAUUCUUUUUAAUCUCUUAAAAACAUUCCAUCUUACUUAACAUCAGUAGUUCUUCCACCGAUUGUAAAUAAUAUAGUCAAUGUUUUGGCAAGUGAUUGAAGGUUUGCAUGUUGUGUAAGUUGGUAUGAACCUGAAGUCAUAAGAGUUAGUUUAGUUCAUUUAUUAUGCACCCCAUACCUAUCUUGUGGGCAGUAGUGGAAAGGGUUACAGAGACACAUAAUGGGCUCAGGGGCUGAACCCCACAAUUUCAUUUAGCUCAGCAAGUUACAGUCUUGAGCUAGGUACAAAUUUCAAUUAACAUUGUCACAUCAACAAUUGGUUCGAGACCGACCACAAGUACAGUUUCUAAACUAAGCAACUGACAUAUGUGGAGAGCUAGUAUCACAAUUGAUAUGUUUAUCCUGCACACAUGCCCCCCUCCC